GAACCAUCACCCUUGCCGGGACCUGAUAGAAACCCCUGCCAGCUACGGGGCACCUGUCCUCCGCGGCCUUGGCUCUCCAGUACGACCGGGACUCUGAAGUGUGACGGUCCCUCAGCUGCAGCCAUGGGGUCUGAGGAUCACGGGGCCCAGAACCCGAGCUGUAAAAUCAUGACGUUCCGCCCAACCAUGGAAGAAUUUAAGGACUUCAACAAAUACGUGGCCUACAUCGAGUCCCAGGGAGCCCACCGGGCGGGCCUGGCCAAGAUCAUCCCCCCAAAGGAGUGGAAGCCGAGGCAGACGUACGAUGACAUCGACGACGUGGUCAUCCCGGCCCCCAUCCAGCAGGUGGUGACGGGCCAGUCGGGCCUCUUCACACAGUACAACAUCCAAAAGAAGGCCAUGACGGUCGGGGAGUACCGCCGCCUGGCCAACAGCGAGAAGUAUUGCACCCCGCGGCACCAGGACUUCGAUGAUCUGGAGCGCAAGUACUGGAAGAACCUCACCUUCGUCUCCCCCAUCUACGGGGCCGACAUCAGCGGCUCCCUGUACGAUGACGACGUGGCCCAGUGGAACAUCGGGAGCCUGCGGACCAUCCUGGACAUGGUGGAGCGCGAGUGCGGCACCAUCAUCGAGGGCGUCAACACCCCCUACCUGUACUUCGGCAUGUGGAAGACCACCUUCGCCUGGCACACGGAGGACAUGGACCUUUACAGCAUCAACUACCUGCACUUCGGGGAGCCCAAGUCCUGGUACGCCAUCCCACCGGAGCACGGCAAGCGCCUGGAGCGGCUGGCCAUCGGGUUCUUCCCCGGGAGCUCCCAGGGCUGUGACGCCUUCCUGCGGCACAAGAUGACCCUCAUCUCGCCCAUCAUCCUCAAGAAGUACGGGAUCCCGUUCAGCCGGAUCACGCAGGAGGCCGGGGAGUUCAUGAUCACGUUCCCCUACGGCUACCACGCCGGGUUCAAUCACGGGUUCAACUGCGCGGAAUCUACGAACUUCGCCACCCUGCGGUGGAUCGAUUACGGCAAGGUGGCCACUCAGUGCACGUGCCGGAAGGACAUGGUCAAGAUCUCCAUGGACGUCUUCGUGCGCAUCCUGCAGCCAGAGCGGUACGAGCUGUGGAAGCAAGGCAAGGACCUCACGGUGCUGGACCACACCCGGCCCACAGCCCUGAGCAGCCCCGAGCUGAGCACCUGGAGCGCCUCCCGGGCCUCACUCAAGGCCAAGCUCCUGCGCAGACAAAUUAGUCUGAAAGAAAACAGACACUGGAGAAAGACUGAGGAGGACAGGAAGGCCAGUCUAGAAAGGAAGAAAGAGCAGACCAGGAGGCCGGGGCCGCCGUCCCACCGGAAACGGAGCCAGCCCAAGAAGCCCAAGCCGGAAGACCCCAAGUCCCCAGGGGAGGGGGCCGCCGGGGCCGCCCUCCUGGAGGAGGCUGGCGGCUUGAAGGAGGAGACCUCACAGGAGGCCGACCCCGAGGAGGAAGAGGAGGAGCCCCAGCCGAUGCCACCGCAGGGCCGGGAGGCCGAGGCCACAGAAGAAGACGGAAGGGGCAAGCUGCGGCCAGCCAAGGCCAAGAGCGACAGGAAGAAAAAGAGCUAUGGUCCCCUGCACCCCCACCACGCCCUCUUGCCCCAGCUGCCGCCGCCCCCACCUGCCCAGUUCCCCGCCGAGGAGGCACCCAGGCUGCCACCCCUGCUGGAGUCCCCAGCGCUGGCCCCGGGCCCCGCACCAGCCGAGGAGAACCCCCCCCCACCGCCUCUCAACGUCGUGCCCCCCGAGGCACCUGGCGAGGAGCCAGAGGUGAAGCCACGCCCCAUCAUCCCCAUGCUGUAUGUGGUGCCGCGGCCCAGCACGCUGUGUGACAAGGGCCGCGUGUCCUGCCAGCAGGCCUUUGAGCACUUUGCCCAGAGGGGCCCCACCUGGAAGGAACAGGCGGCCCCCAUGGAGCUGACGGGUCCCGAGGAGGAUAGCAGAGCCGGCGAGGUGCAGGCACCGUCCACAUUUUCCAAAUUGAAGAUGGAAAUCAAGAAAAGCAGACGCCACCCCCUGGGCAAGCCACCCACCCGCUCCCCGCUGACCGUGGUCAAGCAGGAGGCCUCGAGUGACGAGGAAGCCUUCCCUUUCUCCGGGGAGGAGGACAUGAGUGGCCCCGAGGCCUUGAGGUCUUUGCUCUCCCUGCAGUGGAAGAACAAGGCUGCCGGUUUCCAGGCCGAGAGGAAGUUCAACGCGGCGGCCGCCCUGACCGAGCCCUACUGCGCCAUCUGCACUCUCUUCUACCCUUACACCCAGUCCCUACAGACCGACAAGGAGGCUCCCCAGGCCUCUCUCGGGGAGGGUCCCUCGGUGGCUCCCCCUUCCAAAAGUGGCCAGAAGACACGGCCGUUGAUCCCCGAGAUGUGCUUCACGUCCGGCGGUGAGAACACGGAGCCGCUUCCCGCCAACUCCUACAUCGGCGACGACGGGACCAGCCUGCUGAUCGCCUGCGCCAAGUGCUGCCUGCAGGUUCACGCCAGUUGCUACGGCAUCCGCCCCGAGCUGGUCAACGAAGGCUGGACGUGUUCCCGGUGCACGGCCCACGCCUGGACUGCGGAGUGCUGCCUUUGUAACCUCCGGGGCGGAGCCCUGCAGAUGACCACCGACCGCAGGUGGAUCCACGUGAUCUGUGCCAUCGCGGUCCCCGAAGUGCGCUUCCUGAACGUGAUGGAGCGCCACCCUGUGGACAUCAGCGCCAUCCCCGAGCAGCGGUGGAAGCUGAAAUGCGUGUACUGCCGGAAGCGGAUGAAGAAGGUGUCAGGAGCCUGCAUCCAGUGCUCCUGUGAGCACUGUUCCACCUCCUUCCACGUGACCUGCGCCCACGCCGCCGGGGUCCUCAUGGAGCCUGACGACUGGCCCUACGUUGUGUCCAUCACCUGCUUCAAGCACAAGUCAGGGGGCCACACCGUCCAGUUCCUGAGGGCCGUGUCCUUGGGCCAGAUGGUCAUCACCAAGAACCGCAACGGGCUCUAUUACCGCUGCCGGGUCAUCGGCACCAGCACGCAGACCUUCUAUGAAGUCAACUUUGACGAUGGGUCCUACAGCGACAACCUGUACCCGGAGAGCAUUACCAGUAGGGACUGUGUCCGGCUGGGACCCCCACCCGAGGGCGAGUUUGUUGAGCUUCGGUGGGCGGAUGGCAACAUGUACAAGGCCAGGUUCAUUUCCUCCGUGACGAGCCACGUCUAUCAGGUGGAGUUCGAGGACGGGUCCCAGCUGAUGGUGAAGCGCGGGGACAUCUUCACCCUGGACGAGGAGCUCCCCAAGAGGGUCCGGUCGCGGCUGUCGCUCAGCACGGGGGCACCUCAGGAGAACACCUUCUCGGGAGAGGAGGUGAAGGCCGCCAAGCGCCCGCGAGUGGGCACCCCACGCGCCCCCGAGGACUCAGGACGGAACCCGGACUACCUAGCGUUCAUGGAGAGCCUCUUGCGGGCGCAGUGCCGGCCCGGGGCCCCCUUCUAGGACAGCCGGCCGCCCGGCGACCCCUCGGCCCAGCAAGGCAGGCGGCGGCCGGCCCUGGCGUUUGCUUGCUGUGAAUUCCUGUCCUCGCCUCCCCGGCCCCCCGAGAGGCUACCUCUGCGCGGCCGCCCCCGCUCUGCGGCGACAGGAGCCAGCAGGACGCCGGCGCGCGGCCCCCCCGGACUCAGGGAGCAGGGCCACGCGGGCUCUGGGGGGGCCGGCCGGGGACUCGCGCCACCCCCACGACUCAGAUUCGUAAACCAUGUAAGCUCUUCUCGAAAAGGUGCUACUGCUUUGCCUGCCUCCUGAGCAGCCUUGGAGGUUGUGACUUCUGUACAUACGUGACCUUUGUGAGGCUCUUUCUAGAAAUACCUGUUGUUUAAAAAAACACGAGGAAAAAAAGGAAAACAAAGAAAAGGAAAAAAAAUCCCCAAAGUUGUUUUCUAGAUUUGUGGCUUUAAACACGAAACAAAACAAAACAGAAACGUUCUUUUUUUUCCAGAACCAAGAUACGCUGAGGGAGAUAAAAGCAUCUCGGGUUUUUUGUUGGCUUGUUGGUUUGUCGGUCAUUGUUUUAAAACCUCGCUUGUCUGCGCACCAGCGGCAGGGAGGUGCCCCGCAUGCGGGGAGGCCCGGUGGCACCUGGGAGGCCAGGCAGGGUGCCGGUGACAGGGUGACAGGCGUCGGCCCGUCCCUCCUCUCUCCGGGACUUGGCGAAGGUCUGGGCGGCCGGCCCUGCCUGCUCCCUCUGGGGGCGACCACCAGCUGCAGGGGUCGCAGAGCCCCUUUCCGGUCCCCGCGCGCCUUCACGAAAUAAACACGCUCUCUCCUGGUUUGUUCCCUCUCCUGCUUCUUCUCCUCGUGACUGCACUGCCGGCCGGCCGGGGGGCCUCCGCGCUGUCUGCAAAAGGCUCCGUGUCCCCAGAGCGUCCCCCUCCAGGCCGUGUGCGUGGCCGGGCGUCUGUUCACCGACAAGCGUGGGUGACAUCCGUGGCUGUCUGGGGAGGGAGGAUGUGAAACCAGCCAGCUCUCCUCCCCGGCCCCCCACCCCCACCCCGUGGCCCAAGUCCGGGGGUUCCCGGUGGCCCCAGGCCCUGGCCGCUGCCCCACCGGCGCAGGGGUGCCUGCCUUGGACCCCGAGGGGCCAAUGGCAUCCGCGUCUUGCUUGGGAGACGUGGGUCUGUGCGUCUGGGGGACGCUGAUGUCAGCACGGAGGAACCGGGAUUUCCGAGGUGUGCUUGUGAGGGGCUUUGGGCCCCCGCCCACCUGCCCACCUGCCCACCGCGGCGGCCCCUGCCGUCCUGCCCAGGGAUUGCCGGCAGAAUCUGCUCGUGUAAAAAAAAAAAAAAAAAAAUUAAAAAGAGUGUUCUGCUGGUUGCCCCGCCAGAAAGAACUAUAUAAGGAGAACAGAAAAGAUGUAAAUGAGCCGAGAACCUUGCGUUUCGUUGGUGGGGGCGGGGGGCAGGUGCCCUGGAGGGGGCGGGGGCGGGGGCGGGAGGUGCCGCGGGGAGCCCGCCGGAUGUGGGGGUCCCCCUCUGCAUGCGGCGGCCCCGCGGGGCGCCGGCACUGUGUUCAUAUGUAGUUUGAAAAUGCUAUUUAUAUUGUAAAGGGAACAGGAGGAAGGGGGCUGGCCCUCGGGCGGAGGGGUGGGCCAGACCCAGGCAGGGUCUCUCUGGGUCUGGGUCUGGGUCUGGGUCUGGGGCGACGUGCAGACAGGCCGCGGCUCGGCGAAGGGGAAACGCACAUUUCCCCACCAACGUAUACCCGUGUCUAUGUACAAAAACGAGAAACAAAGCCACCCGCCCUGAUUUUGCUCCCACCCAAGAUUAAGGAUGCGCUGUAUUUUUGCCUCUAGGUUCAUAAUGAAUUAAAGGCUCGUGAGCACUGCGAAACAGA